AUUAUAUGUGAUGCAAGCUUGCGCCGCUGUGUUAUUUAUUGUCGCUACCGGUGCAUUCAUGGCAUUGCGUGCCUACGCCAUCAGCAACCGUUCCUUGCCUCUUGCAUUCAUCAUUUCUCUGUCCUCCUUGGUAAUCGCUGCGUUGGACAUGUAUCAGCUCUGUACAAUAAGCGCAACGGUUGUACCUCCCCCCGCUGGCUGCGUGAUAUCUGGGGACCUAAAAGCACAGAUUCAACGGCCAUUGUUCGCUACCGGGCAAGCAUCCACUGUAAUCCCCGAGGCAUUACUGUUGGUGGCGACCUGGCGCCAUGCCUACAUAGCGAAGACCGCCAAUGACGCGCAAAUCAAUACUCCUUAUACAACGCGCAUCCUCAGAGACGGCAUUGUUUAUUUUGUCACAAUAUUCAUCCUUCGACUAGUCAAUAUCUCGCUGGACGCGACUCCUACCCUCCUCGGCCAGCCUUCCAGCCCCAUCACCUACGCACUUCAGGCGAUCCUUCUUUCGCGCUUCUACCUCAAUCUGCAUGAAGCGAACUCAUCUCAAGCCACGUUACCUUCCAGAGCAUCGCAGCUAUCCGACCUCCGUUUCGCGUGGGUGGUUGGAAGUCUGGCGGGCUCGGUUGCCUACGAUCAAGGGAGCCCCGCAGCCGAAGGCAUGGACGUGCAGAGCUGCAGCGACUGCGACACAGAUGAAGAGCUUGUGGGAGUCCAAGAAGAAGACGUGGAACUGCUGUCGAUCACUGCUGCCAUCGAGGAGAGCAACGCGGGAUCCAAGAGUAACGCCCCACCCAGUCCCGGAAUUCAUUCCAUAGAAGACGUUCCGAGAGCUGCUUCUCAUGCAUGACAACUCGAGAUGUCGUUCCGAUCUUACCCAUACCUACGCUUUUACACCGGCCACUUCCACUGAGAAUGGCGGCAGAUCCGCAAAAGUUGUAUAGAAUACUUCGCUCCUGCGUAAUUUCUCUCUCCCUAUCCGGUUAAUUCCCUGCGUUCGACGUCAAAUUGUUCUAGUGACGGUCUCCUGGGCGCCCUCGGGGUUAUCUACUAAUUGGACAUAUACCUGCGCGUACUGAUGGCGCGCGACGCGUCGUAGCACGUGCGGCGGUGAAUGGGUCACGGCAGGGCAGAGAUUGCGCGAUCCGCC